AUGACUUGUAAUUUACUACAUGAUUACUCAUAUUUGAGGUUAACUUAUACCCUAUUACUAGCCUGUUUUUUCUUUAAUUAAGGUCUUUUGAAAGAUUAUAAAUAGCUCUAAUACAAUAAGAAUGGAAAAUUUAAGAUCGUUCAAUUGACUGAUAUUCAUUUUGGAGAGACUGACUCAAAAGAUAGAAGAUCUUAGGAUGUUAUCAGAACAGUCAUAGAAUUAGAAUAACCUGAUCUAGUAGUUGUAACAGGAGAUGUAGUCUCUGGCUAUGAAUGGGAUGAUAAAUCUUAAGGUUUUUUUGCAUCUAACUACGGCAAAAUGACAUCUGUUCUUGAGGAACUAAAUGUACAUUGGGCUUUCACUGCUGGAAAUCAUGAUACUGAAGGUGAUCUAAAUAGAGCUUAAGUGUCCUAUCAUGAUCAAUCAUUCAGUUUAAGUCUCACUAGACCUAAUGCUGCAAAUAUAUCUUAUGAACAUAACUACGUCAUUCCUGUAUAUAACUAAAAUGGAAGCAAAAUCGAGUUUAGGCUUUGGUUUUUAGAUUCAGGAUAUGAGUCUAAUUGCAGAGGUCUUUAAGGCUAUGAUUGUAUAUAAGAGGACUAAAUUAAUUGGUACAGAUCAGAACAUAGUAAAAUAUCAGAUAACGACAGCAGCAAAGGUAGAGGGUUCCUUUUUAUGCACAUUCCAAUUUAAUAGUAUAUAAAUCUCUAUAACUAUGGGACAAUAUAUGGAAAUAGAGGUGAAGAUAUAUGUUGCGGAGCAUAUGACACUGGGUUAUUUGGUGCGAUCAUUGAAUAAUCAACAGUAGAAUGGAUUUCUUGUGGCCAUGAUCAUAACAAUGAUUAUCAUGGAAACUAUGAAGGUGUUAAUCUUGCUUAUGGAAGAAAGACUGGCUAUGGAGGUUAUUAGUAAGCUUCUAUUAAAAAAGGUGCAAGAGUUUUUGAAAUUACAUAGGAGCCCUACAAUAUAAAAACAUGGAUAAGACAAGAAGAUGGAACUAUCGAUUUCAAUGAUAUGCUUUAUUCAUUACAUCGUACCCAUUAUGAUUUUUAAAAGAGAUGCUGUAAUACAGAACUAAUAGAAGAAUAAGUUUAAGUGACAUACACCUACUACUACUUUUUAAUCGCAUUGAUUGCAAUUUUCUUUCUUGUGAUGGAUAGCAUAAGAAACAGGCAUUUGAAAAAGAAAAUUAAUAAUUAAGAUAACGAAUCUAGUUAAAAACUCUGCAAAGAACUUAGUACUCAUGAAUGA